CCAACAAGUUUUGCAAAUGAGCUAAAUCUGUAAGCCUAAAAUUAAUUCAUAAAUUCCACAAGAAAGCGAAUGGCACCCAAUAUGCUAUGAAAGAAAAAGGAAAAUGGGAGAGUACCUGUUGGGUGAUGGAUUCAUGGGCAACCAUGUAAUCCUUGUAGAGAAUGUAGAUACCCAGAGACGAUGCCGUGGCAGCCCCCGUCAAGAAUGAAUCCAAUCUCAUCCUCAAUGCGUACCUCAUCUUUCACCUUCCCCUUUUCUUCUUCUUUAUGUUCUUUUUUCUCUUACAAAAUUUAGACCACUGUUUUCAUGAAAGAAACUUAAAACGGCACCAUUUUUGCUCACUUAACGAUACCUAACGUUGUCGUUUUAGUAGUAUACAUAUUUUUGUUGGGGGUUGAAAUCAAACAUAUGUUGAGCAGAGGCAAAGCCAAUAUAUAAAAGAGAGAGUGAAAGCCAAAAAUACACGUUUCAGUGUGGAGCAAAACACCCCACUUUGUCCCCUUCUUCAAUCUUUAUUUCCGUUUCAAAGAAAAUUUAGGGUUUGGGUUUCUUUCCUUUUGUGAAGAGGAAAAUAUGCAGCAGCCUCCACAGUUGAUGAACAUCACCACUGAGCAGAUUCAAAAGUACCUGGACGAGAAUAAGGACUUGAUUAUGGCAAUAAUGGAGAACCACAACCAGGGAAAGUUGGCUGCGAGUGCCUCGUAUCAAGCACAGCUGCAGCAGAACCUAAUGUAUCUAGCUAAAAUUGCUGAUGCACAACCACAGGCAUCGGCAUCGGCAUCUUCCCAGUCGUUGCAGAUACCUCCACAGUCUGCAAUACCACAAGAGCAGCAUGUGUCUGCACAAGCUGCAAUGGCUAAGCAGCAUCCCUGUUUCUUAGCCCCAAAGUUGCCUUUCCAUUUGAAUGAUCAGCCACAGCAGCAGCAACCAGAGCAGUCCGUGUAUCUCCAGCAGCAGCAGUUCAACCAGCCACAAGUUGGGUUAAGAUCUGUUUCCCCUAGUGGCACGUAUCUCGGGGUGCAAACUGGUAUGGGUAACAAUUUCAUGAGCAUUCAAGGAAACAAACAAGAUAGCUCAGAAGAUGUUGGUGGUGAAGGUUUCCGAAAAUCGUCGUCUGGGCGUGAUAACAUGAGGGCUUGAAUGAUGUAUACAUGGCUAAUACCCUGGUGUUCGUAUUGUGUAGAGCUCUUCCAGCACUUAGCUUCUAAUAAUCUGUUUAUGUUUUGCUGGUAUGAAAAGUGGUAGGGGCAUACUACAUGUAGGGAGCUAACUUUGGUUCUUUUGUUAUCUCUGACUUUGUUGUUUUGCGCUUCUGAAUCUCUCCGCAAUAUAUUGGCUAUUAUUGUUUAAAUAA